CAGACUUACUGUCAAAUGACGUCACUUGAAGGCUGUGCAGGAGGUGGCUGGACUUUAGUGAUGAAAGUCGACGGCAGUAAGAACACAUUCGCAUACAAUUCCCUCUACUGGUCAAAUCGGGAAAUGUAUAACCCAGUUGGUGGUACAUCUGGCUUUGAUUUCAUAGAAACCAAACUUCCAACCUACUGGAGCACUUCAUUCAACGAAAUAUGCAUCGGGAUAAACACUCAUUCUGAUCCAAAGUUUCUUAAGAUCAAAUACGCAGGAACCUCACUGCUUAGUCUGUUAAAAGAUGGCGUAUUUCGUCCGAUAUAUGAUGUCGGACGAGAGGACUGGAAAUCACUGAUACCCUCUUACUCUUCCCUUCAAAACGGGUGCGACCAAGUGGGUUUUAAUAAUCAAGCUUCAAAUUUGAAGAUGUAUCCAGCCGCUCGAAUCGGCAUUAUAGCAGAUGAAGACCCUUCGUGCAAAUCUCCCGAUUCAUUUAUUGGCAUUGGUGGCACAGAUUAUCUCGUACAUAACGACUGCUUUCUUGGGUAUUUGACCUUUCCAGUGAGCGGAAAUCUCGCUGCGUGCGCACCGGAUAAUGGUAAGGUCAACAUUAAAUCGAUGGGAUAUAUUUUAGUUCGUUGAGAUGAUUGUGAAGAACAUUGUGAUAAUCGAAAACGAUUUUUCAAAUAUUGCUAGGUUCUGGAAAUACUCGACUGAG